AGAAGUCACACUCACGUUUUUUCAAAGUAUUACUCGCUCUUAUAUUCGUCAAGAUGACUGAGACAUCUGUAUCUCCAGCUCCAGUUGAAGUGAAGGCUCCGGCUAAGGCCGAUUCGCCUAAAAAAGCUGCUGCCAAGAAACCAACAACGAAAGCAACUCAUCCAAGUGCUGCAGAAAUGGUGACUGCUGCUAUUAAAACUCUUGGUGAACGUGGUGGAUCAUCUCUACAGGCCAUCAAGAAGUAUAUCGCAGCAACCUACAAAGUUGAUGUUGAAAAGCAAGCACCGUUCAUCAAGAAAUUUCUUAAGGCUGCUGUUGUCAAGGGAACUUUGAUUCAAACUAAAGGAAAAGGUGCAUCUGGAUCAUUUAAACUUCCAGCUGAAAAAGCUGCAUCAAAACCCAAAGCUACCGUGAAGAAACCUGCAGCUGCAAAAAAACCAGCAGCCAAAAAAGCAACUGGUGAAGCCAAAGCUGUCAAGAAGCCUGCAUCACCUAAAAAAGCUCCAGCUAAAAAAUCCGAACCUAAAAAACCAGCUGCUAAAUCACCAGCUAAACCUAAAGCUACUGCUUCUCCAAAAGCCAAGAAAGCUGCUAAAGGUCCAACGGCUAAACCCAAGUCACCUAAGCCUAAGAAAGUCGCUGCACCAAAAACAACAAAAGCUUCACCUAAAAAAACUGCAACAGCUAAAAAAUAAAUUCUUACUCAAACAUUCUUAGGAAUUCCUGAUUAUGUUUAGUACCUGAAAUAUAAAUUGUCUUUUUUAGACAUACCAACGUUUCCGAAACGUCUUCUUCAUCUCUAAAAAUAAAACCAACGGUCCUUUUCAGGACCAACCAAAUAUUUUAAAACGCAAUCUACUCUCAAUUUUAAUAGUCAAUAUGACUCAUUGUAAUACUCUAAUUUAAUGUGAAUA